AUGGCGGUGGACACCCACGUCUUUCGCUACGCCCAGCAGUUGGGCUGGGCACCUUCCGAAGAGCUACGUGCCAGGCACAACAAGGGAUCUGGUACCGCAUGGCCAGCCAUCACUCGUGACACGGUCUAUUCACAUUUGGAUGCCAACUUUCCCGACAAUCUCAAGUACUCCAUGCAUCUCAUUUUGACAGACACAGAGGGUGGUUUACCGGUGGUUUGCGGUGCUCGCAGUCACUUGGGCUUUGACAAGCGUGGUGUCACUGUUGAUGGCAAACCAUUGAAGGAUGUGGUGAAGGAACAUGAACUCUGA